UUUUAGUAAUAUAAUUAAUACUUCAUUUGCUUUUUAUUUUCGAUGGUUCUAUUAGAGGUUAAGACCAUAGACAAACUAAAAUUAUUUAAGGUUAGGCGAAGCGGACAAGGUUAUGUAUUUGUUGUGAUAUAAAUUAAUAUUUAUUUAAAUUUAGUGUUUUUCAAAAAGUAAAUGAUGGAUGAUGAUUAUGACGAAAAAGUUUGGGAUACUGACCAUCAUAUGGACGACGAAUCUGAGGGAUUGGACGAUAAUGCUGAAAAUCCAGAGCAAGUUCUUGCAGAAUGUGCAGAGAAGUUUUCCACACCAGAUUACAUCAUGGAGCCCGGUAUAUUUUCACAACUUAAGCGUUAUUUUCAGUCAGGGGGCAGUCCAGUUCAAGUAAUUGAGCAGUUAUCCCACAAUUACACAGCUGUUGCGCAAAUGGCUAAUCUUAUUGCAGAGUGGCUGAUUAUCGGAGGAGUGAAAGUUCAAGAUGUACAGGCAAUGGUAGAAAAUCACUUGAAAGAUAUGAUUCUUAAAACAUUCGAUCCGAAAAAAGCAGAUACUAUAUUUACUGAAGAGGGUGAAACUCCAGCAUGGUUAACAGAGUUAAUAGAACAUCCCACAUGGAGGUCUCUUAUUUACCGAUUAGCAGAAGAAUAUCCAGACUGUUUAAUGUUAAACUUUACAAUAAAGCUAAUAUCUGAUGCAGGGUUCCAAGGGGAGAUUACUAGUAUAUCAACAGCAGCUCAACAGCUUGAAGUUUUCUCUAGAGUUCUUAAAACCUCUAUCACUGGAUUUCUUAAUAAUCCAGAAGAAUGGCAAACUACAAGCAGAGAAUGUGCAAAAAUGGUUUGUCAUGGUCAACAUACAUAUGUUUAUAGUCAGAUUAUAAUGCAGGUUCUUGCAAGGGAAGCUAAAGGUGGGAGCAGUAUGAGAAGGUUGUCUCAGGAAAUAACCAAGUGUGCACAAAAAAAUGGUCACGAUAUUACGCCAAUAACGAUGGCCUUAAAUGGGGCCUCAGCUCAUCCUCAAGCUUGCCAAGCAUUGACAUCAAUGUUGUCAAGGAAUACAUUAAAUCCUGCAGAUAUAACUGUUCUCUUUAGAAAUUACUCAUCUCCUGACCCUCCUCCAAUAGAUCUUAUUAGAACGCCACAAUUUUUAGAACUUUUAGUGGAUUCACUGUUUAAAUCAGGAGUGAAACUGAAUCCUGAACAUAAACCAAAAUACAUUUACUUGUUGGCAUGUGCUGCAUGUGUAUGUGAAACUCAGGUAAAGAAGGGGCAAAAGAGAACUUGGAAUAAAGACGAACUCAAGGGCACAAUUAAUGCAAUUGAAACUGUGCAUAAUAUUUGUAAUGUCAAUAAAGGAAGUUCAGAAUUAAUGGCAGAGUUGGUGACAAUAUAUCAAUGUCUAAAGUACCCUGUGGUAUCUGUUGGGAUUGUUAGGUGGGUUGAGUGUACAGUGACGGAGCCAAGUUACUUUAAACUUUCAACUGAACACUGUCCUUUACAUAUGGCUAUGUUGGAUGAGGUUGUGAACUUACAUCCUUUACUUCACAAUCAAGUACUUGAUUUGCUUAUAAGAUUGUUUGAAUCUAAGCAGGAUGAGUUGGAAAUUUUGGUUCAGUUGGAAAUGAGAAAAAUGGUUCUUGACCGAAUGGUCAAUCUUCUUUGUGCAGGUUGUGUAGUUCCUGUUGUUAAAUAUAUUAAACAAUGUUGGCAGAAAGGCGAUACAGAUAUAUCACUUAUUAGAUAUUUUGUUACUGAGGUAUUAGAAGCAGUUGGACCUCCAUACAGUUCUGAAUUUGUGAAUUUGUUCAUGCCCAUGGUAGAAAACGAUGAAAUCACAGGCACAAUGAGGGGCGAUGGUGAAAAUGAUCCUGUGUCAGAAUUUAUAGUGUAUUGUAAAGCCAAUUACAUACCAGUGUUAUGAGUGAAUCACACAAUGGUUAUUAAAUAUUUUAGAUAUUUUGUUUUAAAUUAUAUUCCAGCUUUUAAUUUUUUCAUAAUAAAUCUUUGUAACUUCUUCUAUUAUCAUUGUAUCAUUUAAAAUGCCAUAAAAGCUACCGAUGUAACUUGUUAAAGACUAGGGUUUUGUAAAAUUUAAACAGAGCCCAUUAGGCGGUUUGAAAGAUAUUAGCGAAUGAAAACGACAAAAGUAGCAGUUUCUGCAUUUCAAUGAAAUCGUAGCCAAUGAUCAAAAUUUGAACGCAUUCGACUACUCCAUUUAUAAUUACCUAUUAAAAGUUAAAGUUCCAUGAUUUUAAUUUUGAGCAAUAGAAUUAUACGAUGUAUGCAGAAGUGCCACAUAACAAAGUUCCUUAAAUGAUAACUUAGUCCCCUAAAAACAGUGCUGCAUUAAUCCUGCGAAGGCCACUGUUACAUGUACUACCAAAUGAAAAAUGUCUGAUUUGGUUGAGCACCUGUUUGGAUGUGACACUUCUUUUCUUUCAUUACCUUUAAGAUGAAGAAGUCCAUAAAGCAUUUCAAACUGCAUAUUUCGAGGAUAAGGUUGAGGAUGGUGAUUUUUCAC